AUGGAGCCACAAACUCCUCCGAAGAAGCGCAAACGCGUUGCCGUUGCGUGCCCUGACUGUCGCUUGCGAAAGACAAAGUGCAUUCACAUCGUGUCCAGGCAACUUGAUGAUGAUAUGCUCAAGGGAAUGCCGAAGAGCUCGCAAGCCGAGCUCAGCUACAUCCGGUCUCUGGAGCAAAGGCUUAGAAGAUUCGAAGAACAGGAAGCACGUCCUCGUGGUCGACUACAAGUUUCAGAGCAUCCAGAAUCGUUGUCUCUACCAUCAAGGAGGAGCCAGGAGGACUCUAUCACGAUUGAGCGGUCCCCACCACCUCAUCUUCAGCGGCGGGUCUCCGUUCACAUUUCUGCCAACCCCGAGAUAUUCAUGGGAGGGUAUUCAGGCAUCUCGUUCACUCAGCUGAUUCUCAACGCCAUGAAUGGCGCAGAUUCAAACAAGCUGGAGGCCGAGUCUCUGUCUUCCCCACGCGACCCUCCGUGCUUCUCGACACCCGCGGACCUAUAUGCUCUUCCGCCAAAUUGUCGCGAGUUGAUUAAUCUCUUUUUCGAUUUCCACUAUGAGCUGUCGCCCAUUUUUCAUGCACCCACCCUCCUCUCACAGAUUGAUCAAGUCAUUGCUGGCGACACAGCGUACCGCUCAGAACACAGAUACACACUAGCGAUCAUGAACAUGCUUUUCGCCAUCGCCGCUUCCCACCACCGACACCGGGCGGACGCGUCAAUUUCUAGCACAAGGGGAUAUUACGACAUAGCGAUGGCGCUUGUCGGCCCAACCCUACUCUUCGACUGGAAAGUCGAAAAGGUCCAAAUCCUCUUGUUAGGUGCCCGAUAUCUACAAAGCUCCAGUUCUCCCUCAGAGUGCUGGAACGUACUUGGUCUCGCGAUCAGGAUUGCGUACGGCCUGGAGCUUCAUCGGGCACCUGGGAAAGAGUUUGAUUGUAUUAUGCGAGAGACACGAAAACGUGUGUGGUACGCCUGCUACGGCCUGGACCAAGUCCUGAGCAUGAUUUAUGGGAGGCCAGCAGCAACCUCGUCGUCAACCUUUGACACACCUCUUCCUGAAGAUUUGGACGACGAUUGUGUUCAGAAAAGCAGGUUGCUGUAUCCGAGCCUUGAGGCUCCGUCACUAAUGUCGUUUUCAAUACAAGUCUCAAAGCUGUAUCGGUUGCUUGAGUCAGCGGCAUCUCUCACCGAACCUCCUCUGGAAACGCUCGUGCAGCUGGAUGAAGCGUUCGAAUCUUGGUAUGUCAAUUUACCAUCGAAUCUCAAACUUCAAAGCAACACGGCUGUUCAAGAUGACAAAUGCCUUAUCCUGAACCUCCGAGCGAAUAUGGUGAGGAUUCUCAUCCAUCGACAGUCCCUCGCCUCCACUCUCAGUAUCCUGUCGAAAACCGAUCAACCCUGGAAAACUUCUGAGACUCUCAAAAACAGUAUGCUCCAGAACAGCAGACGCAUCUGCGUCCGGACGGCUGAGGACACGAUCGAUUUGGUGGGUCUUCGAUAUGAUCAAACUAAACAUGCUGUUGGGCCGAGCUGGUUCAACCUCUACUAUCUUUUCAACGCGAUAUUAAUUGUUGUGUCGCAUGUGGUGGAUCCAGAAUAUCGAAACGACAAAAGAGCGCUUUCCCAGCUAGAUCGUGCAGUGCAAAUGAUCAGACAGAUGUCUACAAAUCACCAAUGCGCUCAGCGCGCGUACACUUUUCUUCAGCAACUUCUUAGUUUCAUGGAUAGAUCCUUGCUCGCCGAGGGACGAAGAGGCGUAAGCUCUUCGAGACCGCAGACUGGAACUGUUCCAUCUCCUGUUCUGGAGAGCUCGGCUUUCGACCAGGGUGGUUAUGACGACCUAGCCCAUGCGGACCUUUUUGCAUUCUGGGACAUUACGCAAGAUCUAACCACCAACCUGGGAACUCAGCUCGAGUCUUACUCUUCUCUGGGUUCAGGAAUGUGGUCAUGGGACGUCAACGCUCACCAUGAAAGCGCACAGUAA